AUCCGGCUUAUUGUUCCUUACUCUUAUUCAACUUUUAUGCUCCCUUCGCCACUGCCGUCUAUAAGUCGGCUGGUGUAUUGUUCUCAUCCAAAAACAUCUAUCGCACUGCAUCCGCUCCUAACGAUAGUGUAUCUCUAAACGGCGAGACCAUGACACCACGAAACACAACCCUACCUUCGCGCCGCAACUUUUUCAGAGACAACCUCGUCGUCCAUGACAAAUGCGCUAUUUGUACAGAGCCAUUUGAUGCGGAACAUCAAGCAGCAUCCAUCAAGACAGCAAAUUGCCAACACAUAUUUGGAAUGGAGUGUCUGACCAAAUGCAUAGAAUCUGACCAUGGCAACCACAACACCUGUCCCCUCUGUAGAGAACAGCUCUUCUCCAAAAUCGACAAGCCCGAAUUUGUUGAAGGAGCACGAGACACGGUAGGCCCAAAUCACACAAUGGUCCACCAGAUCCAGACCUGGGGCCAGACUAAGGGAUUCGUCAAGACCAUGUGGCGUGCCAUGUACAAGCUCUACGAAUGAGAUCAGGUCAUUCACGACUCCGAUAUUGAAGAGGAGAUCACCGACUCGCUGGCUCGCCCACCCAAGCGCUACAAUAAUAUCCAGGGCCUCUAUAUAUUCAGUGGCUAUCGGCCUGGAAUCAGGAGCGAAGCUCAAAAGAUGGUGCAAGAACACUAUAGGAAUGGGAGCUUUGUUCCGCUCAUAGGGAUGCCGCUCAGACGUUAUUUCUACAAUAUCGAGGGCGU